GAUCGAUUGCUUGACAGCGGCAACAUAAACAUUGGUUUUGCCGCUGUUGCGUAAAAUUAAAACAUAUCUGGCCCAUACUCUGCACACGAUCGGUUUUCCCGCUGCCGGCAACACAAAUUAUGAGCUCUCUCAGGCGUGAGGCCCUUCGUUGGUACAAAAUAUUGCAGCGUACCAAGAAUGAGGUGUUCUCCGGAGACUUUCGUACCAUUUCCGCCGCACGGCAACGCAUCCGGGAAGAGUUCGUCAAGAACAAAGAUAUUAAAGAUGAGAAGCAAAUUAAGGAGAAGAUUCAAAUCGCCAAGGAUGUCGAUGUCGAACUGCGCCGAUCGGUAGUGCAGGCGGUGAGGAAGCAGCCGACCCUGUUCGAGGCUCGCAUCACGCCCGACACGAGAAAGAUGGACAAUGUAAUGUUCGACCCGGACGCAGAGCUACCUCCCCCUCGGAGCAAAAAGUGUAGUGAUAAAAAAUCGUAAAAUGCAUGUCUUCCAUGACCGACACGGGGCAGCGGGCAAUCGGUCGGCGCACCAUUUUUCGGUGUAA